AUGGAGGGCUACCACAGGUUGAUGGAAAAUCCAUUUUCCGAUCCUGUAAGUUUUCUUAAGGACCCUUCCAGGAAGUUAUUGAUUUGUGAUUCCAUUGGGCAGCUGAAAAUCUAGUUUAAUGACCGUGGUACCCGGGUUUUAGUUAAAGUUUCGGAAAUGCAAUUAAUGCAAGCCUGUGUUAAGAAUCCCCCAUAACAGUCUCCGAAAUACGAAAUCCGAUAUAAUAUAUGCGCUCUUGGGCAGUAAUCACUCAUAAAAUCCUAUUGUGAAGUUGUUUCGAACAUAUUUAUACGGCUCAAAGUUGAACCUUAGUUCCAAUCAAAUCCUGACAACCGUCUAGGGGACCGAAGACCCCGGAAUGUAGUGAUACAUCGCCGCCACCAUGGGCGCUGUUAUGGAAACCAAAUUUAUGCUCUACAGGUUCCAUUGGAAAGUUAUAAAGGGAGCAAUCCUAGUAGUAAUUCCAUAGGAAGGCGACAGCGCCACGCUGCGUAUAAGUCGCGAUAGGUAUGACCGAUUGAUAGCGGAUUUUAUCCAUUUGGUCGCUAUGGGAACAGCGGCAAAAAUCGCGAUAUGGCCGCAUAUAGCUGCGGACGCCCCGCCUUUGCGACGUAUGCCUUUUAGCACCCACGGACGCUCUUCCCCACACUUUCUGUUCAACCUUUUACUGUAAGUACUACGUAGGCCUCCCAAAAGUCUUAUGAAGGCGUUUUCCAUGUAUCAAAGAGAAUAUUUAAUCAAAAAAGUACAAAUUUCAACAAAUUAUCGUCGUAUCGCCUGCGGCAUUGACGAUGACGGUCCUGCUUUCGGUUUUAAGCCAAGUAGGCGUAUUAAGAGGAUGGUUAGACUAACCACUAGAGUCCUCCAAUUUAGAAUCCACCUGAAAACGUCGCUUGCGUAGGGCAUCAAGGGAUCUCUUCAACCGCCAUGGAAAAGCGGCCUCGAGUUCAUACACACCGACUCUCCCCCCUCUGUUCUAUACAGCGUAAACGUCCGUUUAGCAUGAACAGUUGCAUAUAAUCAAGGGCCUACCUUUGAUGACGUCGUAAACCUGUGAAUCACACAGACCUUAUUCAAUUUUCUCCUUUAAAGUUAAUAUGUAUAUUUGCUUCGUCGUCGAAGAGGGCAUAGAAUACACUUUUCACAAAAUCGUCUGCGUUGAGUCCACCGAAGCACACCAGGAAGUUCCUCUGUGAAUAUGUCCUUAAAUCCCUCAAGCCUUACCACUUGACUUCAACCUGCGGGUCAUGCAGUCUACUGUUGACCUCCAGGAAGUCGAACCUAGUGCAGAUGAGCUGCCUUAGAGGGUCGGAAGGGAAGGCGGCCUCUCAGCUUCCUGGGGCGGACCCUCGGCGGUUAUCAGGUACCUGCAUUAUGUGCAGGUUCUCAUACAUACACAAGUUGCUCGUGCAUGAGUUCGAUGCCUUUCCCUUGCCCCCAUAUUUGCGCCUGCAUUUCACUCAUCACUGAGCGGCAGGACGGGUCAUGCCAACCCACAAAGGAAAUGAGUGCCAUGCGACAUUACUUUUGUAACUCGCUGGCCUGCGUGCUGGCAGCGUGCCCAUUGACUCCUGAUCUGAGUCUCCCUCAUUCUAAGCAGUAAGUUUCGUAAGUGACUGAGACACACUGCAGAUGACAUCGGCGGAUCGCCAAGUUCCCAUUUUUAUCAAACGGAAUUACGGCGUUGUCCAGUUGAUUUCCGCCGACCAGUUUCUUCGUUACUGGAAUUAUUAGCCAUAGAUGUCUACAACAACAAAGGGAAAAAUUAGUGUUAGCGACUUCUCCUACAGCCAUGUCCAUUUCAUCCCUUGACAAGGGAUGCUUGUUAAUAGUCCAGUUUUUUCAUUAAAACGUACAAAUUAUCUUGAGGAAAGCAGACGUACUUCGAGGUUACCGGUAGGUAUGCACAGUCGAUGGUACUUGAAAUGUGAGAUAGGUACACCUCUAAGGUUGAUGGCUCUGUAAGAUACAGGAAGUAAUCAGCAGUGUUUGUGAAUUCGCUAUAUACUAUGAAAACACGUCCUGCCCAGUCCAGCAGUCUGUUCUUCUCUAUCACCGAGUAUGAUGCACCGAUUAAUUGAAAGAUUGCCUCGCCGCGAUCUGCUGAUUGUUGCUGGCGGUUUGAAUGGUCGAACUGGACCGGGUCAUCCCACAACCAGUCAUCUUCUUGACCACUUUGGGCUUAGUUCCCGAUGUGAAAGUGAUGAGAGAUUGCUGAACUUCGCUGAUCGAAACCGACUGCUUGUCACAUGUUUCCAGCAUCGAAAAAAAUCUGCUGACAUGGUAUUCAAACGACGGCCAUGCGGCCAGUCAGAUUAAUUACAUACUAAUCAGCUCAAGGUUCCGCAGCUGGGUUUACGAUAGCAGAUCGAUGCGUGGUGCCCCGACUGGUAAAGCCCAUAGGUCGGACCAUGUCGUCGUUCGUACACGCUUGAAAGUUCAUCUCUCAUCCGCGUCAAAAAUGCCGCGUCCUAGACACCCCGAUGUCGCAAAAAUCUGGCAAAUCAGCACCGUUGAGGCCCUGAGCAGAGAGAUCCGGACCUGCUUUACGACCUGAGCCGACGGAGAAGGCAGUGACCAGUGGUCGUCACUAAAAACGUCAGUCUAUGAGGCAGCUGAGAAAAUCCUUAGAUACACCCUGCGACGCCGCAGUGAAUGGAUCGGCGGAAGAACCCUGCAGUUGUCUGCUCAAACGGCUCGAGCCAGGUCCCGUAACGAUGACUGCUUCCACCAGCUUCCAAAGAUGACGGCAAAAUAGGCCAGGGAUGACCGGAAGCAAUAUUGGGCUAAAAUAGCGGUCUCCAUGGAACAGGCCUCAAACGUUGGUGACACUCGAAAACUCUACUAACUUAUCCCCAAAGUUAGCGGUAAUCCCACUACACUGAGUGACUCUGUUCGCGACGUUAAUGGCGGCAUUAUUGCUGACAACUCGGCCAAAGUCGAGCGCUGGCGUCAGCAAUUCAAGCACCGUCUAAAAUUCGAUAACCAACCUACUUCGCCCUUGCUCUCCUCUUCAGCGGAGUUUCUUCCCUCUCCCACCUAUACAGUGUCAUGCGACCUCCCCCCUCUGAAGGAGAAGUCUUCGAUGCUAUACGAAAGCUACGCAAUGAUAAGGCACCCGGAGAGAACGGUAUACCCGCUGAAAUCUUCAACUCUUGUGUCGAAACUCUGGCGCCCUGGAUACAUGAGGUGACUGGACGGGCGUGAAGAGACGAGGUUGUUCCUGAUGACUGGGGCUUAGCAAUCCUUGCACCUAUCCUCAAGAAGGGAGUUAAGACGAGAAGCGAGAACUACCGCGGCAUAAGUCUCAUCGACGUUGCUGCGAAGAUCUUUGCUAUUGUCCUACUGAGGCGAUUCAAAUCUGCGCGACUCAAGGACGAGGCCCGACCAAGCGGGAUUUCGUGCCGGACGUGGAUGCGCAGACCAAAUAUUAAUACCGAGGCGCAUUCUCGAAUUUCGCCCUAGCUACCCCUAACCGACGGCCGUCUGCUUCAUUGACUUUAUCGCCGCGUUCGAUUUUGUCCAUCAUGAGUCCCUGUGGCGGAUAAUGGCGCUAGAUGGUGUACCGUCAAAAAUCAUCGUCAUGAUCAAGGUCUAUUAUUGUUUCACUAUUGCGAGAGUCCUGGUCCGCAACAAUCUUACCCAACCGUUCGGCAUUGGGUCUGGCGUUCGACAGGGUUGUAUCAUGUCGCGCAUUCUGUUAAACUUCGCUAUUGACUGGAUUCUCGGGAGGAGCUUACACGAAGGUAACAGUGUUGAGUUUGCACCCGGACACCGACUGACUGAUCUCGACUAUGCCGAUGAUAUCGCCUUACUUGCUUCAAGUUUUGGUGAACUGCAGUCUAUGGUGUCACGGGUGAACGGGGUCGCUAAAUCGGUCGGUUUAUCCAUAAACGCUGCGAAGACCAGUGUUUUCAAGCUGCACCCCUGACCAGAAGGCAACCCUCGGGAUUGAUGGCUGUCAACUUGAUAUUGGACGUCAUGGAGUCUUGGACUCCUAAUCCUUCCUAUUAGAGUUACCUGGGUCGACUAAGAAGACUGCUGUGUAGUCCAUCCACAUGCACACUAGGGACUCAAUUCCAGGGAGAGUUGAUGUUCGGGAGCAGUUUACCUGCAUAUUGGUACAAGUUUCCGAGUGGAUACUUCUACAACUGAUCGGUGCUUACUUGUACUGAAUACGGCUGCGAUCAUGCCGGCUCUAGCCCGCCUCGAUGAUGUCACGAACUGUACCUCCCCACGCGUGACUAUCCGCGGCAGCAGAUCUGGACAGCUUAACCCAUUGUCUUCGCCAACCACGGAGACCGAAUACAGAAGGCCCUAGAACCAUCUCCAUGUCUUGACGAACUGUGUCGAGCCAGGUUUUGAGCUGAUCCCCUCUUCGACGGUGACGGAUCGAGGGUAUUACCACUGAGCUCCUGAGGUGGACGACGAAGAACAUGCCCAAACCACCCCAGUCGCCCUUCUUGGGUGGCCUGGGUUAUCCUUGCGCCAUUGUCGCAGCGAGUGCGGACUGUCUCAUUUGAGACGAAGUCGGUGAACUUCACGCUAAGGAUGGUCCUCAAGCAGUGCUGGUCAAAUAUCGCCAGUUUUCGCUCGUCCUCCACGUGCAUAGCCCAGCAUUCACGGCCGUAGAGAAGGACAGACCGGACAUAUGCACGGUACACGCGAGUCUUAGUGGCGAUGGAAAGAUUGCGUCGGAUUUGGAGGCAUUUUCGAAGGCUUGAGAAAACCCGGCAGACAACAUCAAUUUGGGAGAUAAUGUUGUUCCUACUCAGUCAAUUCGGCAGCAACCUCAACCCGAGGUAUUUAAAACUGUCUACUUCUUAAAGUUGGCGGCCACGAAUCUCGAGAGGUGCCCUCCCCUGGUCAGGGAUGCAGCUUAAAAACACUAUAGUCUUCCCAGAGUUUAUGGAUAAACCGACCGACUUGGCGACCUCGUUCAUCCCUGACAACAUAGAAUGCAAAUCACCAAAACUUGAAGUGAGUAAGGCGAUAUCAUCGGCAUAGUCGAGAUCAGUCAGUCGGUGUCCGGGUGCAAACUCUCCGAUUGUUUGCCGUCAUGUACGACGAGAUUUUCUAAGGCCGGCGUUUGAGAGUGCAUAAGGGAAAGCGGCGAUUGGGAUGAAGCGUUUCGGCAGAGCACUAUGGUCUGCCCAUGUGACGUUUGCAGUGCAGACGUUCACAAAGCAGCCAUGAUUCGAACUUCGCAUCGUCCCUUAACGUGCAGAUUAGUAUUUCAAGCAUUGAUUUGUUCUAGUUUUCUAUUUCGGGGCCUGUGGUCCAGAGCCUACGUUCUAGAGUUGUUCAACUCCACUGGCGAAGAAGAUAUUUGAUGUAGCGAAUGACGCAGCUUUUCUGGUAUGUUAUCCACACAGGGUUGUUGGGUGCUCAAUACCUGCUUUUAUAUUAUGGGUGUCCUUAAUGCUGCUUGGCACCGUCACCACUCCUAUUCAUGAGGAGUGUUUGCCAUGUGAUCGUAAGUGAAUGCCUUUUGGACUAGGAAAUAUUCCUCUAGCUUACUUAUUUCCACGCAUUCUUCUGUCUCUAGGCAAUGUCAGCAAUUAACACUCCCACAACCGCGGUUGGCGAUGACCCUUCGCGUAUCCACGCCCAGGGACUAGAUGGGUACAAUCCGUUUGGUACGGACCAUUCCUCCAGUGCUGCCACCACCACCACUACUACUGCUGCCGUACCACCACCAUACUCAGCCGUCUCGGCGCAGCGUAUCACGACGGAGGAGUUGCAGCGCCGACAGAAGGAGCUGGAAGAACGGGCUGCCGAACUGUCGCGUCGUGAAGAGGAGUAUCGACGCAUGGAAGAGCAGUCAAUCCGUUCCGGUAUGUGCGGAAGUUCAAGUUGGGACGAUUUUUGUUUCUUACAGGACCCCCUCCCCCGUCUACCAUGCAAUUGGUCACAACUGUCUGACUGCAAGCCUGUCACACGAACGGAAAAACCUAAUUGUACUGGAAACGUGUGCCCUCGUUGUCUGCUUCACCCGUACCCUUCAAUUUCGUGGGCAUCUUACCCUCAAUGUAGUACUCAGAACUUUUCAAAUGACACGCUAUGAAUUACCCACAGGCUUAUCUUCCUUAGGCCUCAGUUUACGUGGUGCGGGGUUCAAAGGUCUAACCAGAUAGCCAGGCAUCAACAGUUUCUGUGCGUUUUAGCUUUCAGUACACGCACUGUUCGGAAUACUUUAACCUUUUAAUUUUGCGAUCGACUCCAACGGAACGAGUGAGUUCCGUAAGAACGAUCGGUGACCGCCGCCUACCAUUGAUUCCAUCUAACUUUGCCUUGGUGAACUGUUCUCUGAACCACUUUAGGUGGUAUUUCCCCUGUCGCUGUCCCCUUUCGCUGUUUAUUUUGGACGGUGGUUGUUCUAAAAGGAUUACCCCUUAAGAAUGCCAAAUGGGCGUCCUAACCUUAACGUUCCGGUCGUCCACAAUCUCAGUCCAUCUGUGGCCCACCGGACAGGGGUUUUGUGGAGUGGUUUGCUGAAAGGACGCCUUCCCAUAGCAUCUUAAUUUGAAGAUUAACUUUGCCUCCCAAACUCCGCGAUCACGUUAGUUUUAAAUUCCAAAAUUAUGUUUGACGGUGGGUGAGCCCUUUACUGUUUGACAGAUAUCAUCCACCAGCCCGUAAUGCGACUAUAGUUAAUGACCAUUUAUAGGUAACUAACACGUCGGAUUGGAGGCCAGGCAUAACUGAAGGUAUUACCGUGUCUGGUACGUCAAUGCCUACUCAUCAGAACCCAGAGCCUGUUUAUUCCGCAGCAAACUCUUGCUGAAAGCCGUUACAUUAUCGACCGUCUAUGGACGCGCUGAGUUGCUCGAAUUUAAGCUAGCAGGUUGGCCCUAUCGUCCCGGGGCGCUUGUUGUGGGUGAUUGUUGUUGACGAUGGUUGAAUUUUCCUUAGAUUUAUCGAUGUGUGCCUGUCGGUGUAUAAGAGCUGUUUUAUAUAUGUUUGCUUUUACUUGAAAAUUGGCGCAUCCAGAGGCCAAGGAGUCUAGGUCUCGCUGCAUGUUCGUUUCAUUUGUGAGGUUUAGUCCAUGGUCUUCUUCGAAGAGAAAUUCGUCUCUCCUGACACAGGAGACUAUCAGUACGUUGUACAUAAGGCGGCUGUUUAAUGACUUUCCGUCAGAUCGAUAGUUUAUAUCGAUUUCGAGUCACUCCUCUUGAUAGACGCCAACUGGCACCUCGGAGGGCUUGAGAUCACAAAAUGCCGACACAAGUGCGCAAUCCUGUUUUGCCCUAUUCGUGACGGUAAAUUGCUCAAAAAUUGAUCCAUUUUCUUGGCGCGUGUCACCAUGCCGUUGUAUAAUUGCCUGACCAGCAGCCUAAGGCUUCCAGGAAGUUGAGUCUUCAUCGCGAUUUCCCAGAGUUCUUUUACGGUCACAGCAUCGAAGGUCUUGGGAGAUUUGAGACGACUGUACAGAGGCUAAUUAUCAUUUUUCUAGCAAUACUGAGGUAGUCGCGCGGCAAAAAUUACGUCGGUAGCUUCACAGUGUUUUCCAGAAUCCAUGUUGAGUCUCCGAUAAAAGUUUUUCAUUCAGGUGUUCAAUCAGGCCAUUGCAGAGCGUACGGACACACAUUUUGCCUGCAACAUAGAGAAAAAAGUCCCUACAUUGAUUGCCACUCCUAGUCAGCUUUCUUUUCACUCGCAGAGGCGUAGACCUGUGAUAACUUUGAAGUCAUCCGUGCUUUAUACCAGUCUUUCAUCUCCUAAUCAGCAUGGUUACUUUGGCCAGAAUUUGCGGACCAUGAUAUCUAUACACUUCUGUUGGGUUGGAAUCAUACCGUGAACUUUGUCUCUGGGCAUUGGCUGCACUGUCUUGACUAUUUUCUGCGGGGGGGGGAGGGGAGGUAGGCGGUGGAGCUCAGCAUUGGUUUCCACCUGAGAAAGUCUAUUGAGGUUUCUUCGCAGAAUGAAGAUAGACGAUUGAGGACACUCUCAGAGCGUUAGUCUCACCGUUUUAGGAUCCACUUCUCUCCUGCUAGCAGGGAAUCUCCGUACGAACUGAACAGCGGCACAGUUGCGUCGGGUUGGCGUCUCAAAACCACUCCGUUGUCCACGAAGUUCUCCAUUUCAGCAUGGCCAACGUAUCUCUCACUUGGCUCUGCAUUUCUCGCAGCCUCGUUUGCGCUUGGUGGUUACGCCGAAAGAAUGAAGCCCUCUUGGGAGCGAUGCAGUUGUCCUUACAGGCCCUGUGAUGGGUUGUCUUUGGAUAACAGUCGUUGGAUUUCUUUGUCUUCCAUGCCGAAUGAAUCCUGAUGUCUGCGUGCAGGUCCAAGUACCUCCGUGAUGGUCGUAUUGAUAGCUCUGUCCAAUUUCUCGCAUUUUGUUCUCUGUAUUCACUCUACAAGGUCUGGAAUUGCUCUGGGAUGACGUUCAUCUUGGCGAUGGGGUCCGCCUUUGCUCGGCGUUGUUCAGCACUGCAUCCUUUAAUAUGGCUAGGCGAUGAUCGAUUCAGCAUCCAGAACCACACAUUGUCUUGGUCAUGGUUAUGGUCAUUCGCCUCCAGAUGAGCAUACUGUCCAGAAGUUCACGAAUGCAGGCGAAAUUUCGAGUUCCAGGUGUAUGCAUAAGUGAAGAAGAAGAUUCGGGCACCGCCCACGCCGGAAACAAAACAGGCCGAGAAUUGAUUGAAGCCUGGGCCCGGGAGGGGAACUCGGUCAAUCGAUUUAUCGAUCUGGCGCCGGCGUACAGAGCCCUGCGUAGUCACCUCCACUCUUGCGCCGUCGGUCGAUUGGGCCUACAUGCCAUAUAACUGCCGUUUGUUCUGUUGCUGCCACUACCUCUGACGAUGGACACCUGUACGAGUCUGAAAGCUCAGGACAAUAAACAAAGUGUUCCGGUGCACGAAUCUUCUUCACUUAUGUCCAGAAGGUCCCAGUGAUGCGGAAAAGGGUACAUUUAAAUAGUCUUUUGCGGUGGAGAAGGCGAAAAUGAUGUUAGUGAUGAGUAGCUUUUUUUCCUUGCAUUUCUUAAAUGCCAGAAACCUGUUGCUGGUGUAGCUCAUAUCUUUUGACGACCAAAUGAUCGCAGGUAGAGCGCUCCGAAUCGAGGCGCACAUCGAGGUCUCCGUGCAUAUUAAUCUUGUCAGCAUUAAACACAAACACAAGGGAGACGUACAGAUUCUCGUAAAACUUAUCACCCGCGAGACAGCGCUUGACAUCGGCGUGUAGACGCUUAUGGUGAUGGUGAACUUCUCUUGAAGCAAAGACGCAUUGUGAUGGGACGGUCGUUGAUGCCUUCCCGGGAAAAGAUGAUGUAGUUCCUUAUGGUAAAGGCGACUUCAUCCACUCAUCGUUUCUCCAUACAAUGACCUCUAUAGAAGGUGUAUCCUUGUCCCACUUCGUCCAGCUGCUUUGUUCGGAGAACGGAAUCGUACUGAGAACAGCAAUGGUGUAGACCGCCUCCUGGAUUUCAUAUCGCCCAAUGCCCUGACCACCGAGCCAGGGGCUUGUUGUCCUGUCGGUUUCUCGAGAGAGAAAGAGCCCCAUGGCACAAGGGGACGAGUGAGUUCCGUAGCGUGAUCAGUGAGCGCCCCUACACCGCCGAUAAUACUCUCUUUCCAUUUCCACCAUAAUCCGGUUUCGGAAUUAAAUCAAGAUGACAAAAAUGGCAUUUUACCGUCUGCCUCAUCUUACGCGCACACACUCGUUCAUCUGUCUUUGGGCUAGUCAUACUCAUUGGAUUUGAAAUAGAACUCAAGGUAAACUGACGUCAUUGCCGUCAGGCUUCAGUCAGAAGACUGGUUUCCCCUUUUGACAAUUCUUUAUACCAAGACAUUGAUACAUGUGAUCCACUUGAACUAUUGUAAGAAAACUUACUUUCAUUAUCUGUCUCGCCCCUUCCGUUACCAAGUGGUGAGGUAAAGUCAGAGCGACUAGAUGUGGGACUAGGCCUACUGGCUGACUUGAAACUCGUUGCUCUAUGCCUGUCAUGGCAUUUUAUAUUUUUUUUCUAUUUCGCCGAAAAGCCAUACUUUACCCGGCCGGUCCGGCCACCCCCAUUUGAGUCUGACAUCUGAAUCUUACUUUGUCUGGAGACCAAUUCCGCACAACCACACGUGCACAUGGUUUCAGGUUUUCGAGACCCCGCACAUAUGUCGGCCGAGUUUGUCUUUGUAGGCCCACCAUCGACGCACUUAUUCGUUAAAUCACCAUGUCCAUGUUGACCCGCAUUAAUCAAUGCCUGUUUUUUGCCCGCGGCUUCCAGUCGCUUGGACUGAAGUAGACCGUCACCUUACUGCUGGUUUCUACUUGUCGCUUUACCACUCGCGUUUUGCUUUCUGUAGCAAAUUUACCAGCAUCCACUCCACAGCAUAUAGCCGCUGUUGUAGGCCUCUUACAGAGAAGAAAAAAUGUUUAUUUUUGGGUCUUAUCCGGUAAGCGGGAGAGGGAGGGCUAGUUUAAAGGCUCCCCCAGCUACAAGCACAGGCGGACAAUAAAAUGGACUUACUAGACGCGUGAUAUUUUGGAGAAUUGACCAUCUUCCUCAAUGGUAGCUUGGAUUGACAUUGCACUGGGGCGAUUGUUCAUCAGAAUAGAUUUAUUCCUCCCCCUGACUCAUUUGCUCCUUUUCUGAAUGCGCGAGUGAUGGCUCAUCGCGCGGCUUCAAUGUGCGUGCUUCGACUUAUGAGUGAGUUGACUAUAGACGUAUAAGGCACCGAGAGAGUGGUGUAUUGCCUAGAUGGAAAGAUUUACGCUGGUAGCGGUGUUCAGUUAACGAGUUUGCCAGUGUGUAUCAACUCCCCGGUAGUGUGUGAGUGAGUACAGCAUGCAAGGCUUGCGCUUCUAUUAUUUAGCGACAGGCGACAGCUAAAGAGCCAUCACGAAAUUUGCUGAGGUUAAUACCCUGCCGAUAUUCGAAUUCAAGCCUUCUAUACAUUUCGGAACCUUUCAUCUACUCCAUUCCUACUUUGUGCAUCAUGCAUUCCCCCCAAGCCCUUUAACCACUGCUCCAGUUUGAAAGCCGCAGCCAUAGUGCUUACACACACCAUUAUUUGAUCGAGUAGUAUAUCGUGCUUUACUGGGGCGACCUAGUUUCUUGACGAUUUGUUCCCGCCUAUGUUUGCGUCUUUUCUUAGCUGAUUCCUUUUGCUCUUCAGCUAAUCCGAAAAAUUGGCCGCGACUGCCGAAAUUCUGUCCUUGUGGGCCCUGCUUCUACCAGGAUAUUGACCGCGAGAUUAAAGUUGAAUUUAGGCGAAUGGUCCGGACUGGUUACUAUAUUUGGAUGUCCUACGCAGUCCUUCUUCUAGUCAACAUGCUCGGCACCAUCUGCUACUUCGCCACCCCUGGCAUAGCCGAUGGUGGCACGCUCUUUGGUGUCGCCAUUCUCAUCACCAUAAUCUGUGUUCCCCUGUCCUACAUCUGUUGGUUCCGUCCCCUUUACAAGGCUUUCAAGUAAGUCCGUGCUCCCAACUAACUACUCUUCUUUCCCCAUAACUAGCAGACCUUCGCUGCAUGCUUUUAUCUGAUUCAUCUAGUCACACGUGGGGAGUUCUUAAAGACCUGGGUCAGGACUCGUUACUCUCGGAACCCGCGUCUCAGAUGUGACAUCGUAUGCUAUUGUUAGACAAGAUACUGCGCCUCCAGGAUGUCCGUCAAAAAUCCCAACCAUAACGCUCGGACCACAGUCUCCUGGUCGUUCUAGAUCCCGGUUAAACCGUGGCUCGUCGGACAGGGGUUGCGUGAAGUGGUCUGCCGAAGUGUCUAGCAUUGAAAACGGACGUCGCCAUCCACACCCCUUCCUAAAAACGCAAGCAAUUUUAAAUUAGAUCAUGUCGAAUGACGAGUGAGGCCUUACUAGAUGACAGCUAACAUUCGCCAUGCCGUAAUGCCUCAUUUGUUUGCGACCUUUUCAUAGGUACCACGUACAUACAGUAGAUGUGCUAACUCAUGAAAUGUCAACCAAAAUUUCGAAAUGCGUUCUCGUUUCGAAAAGAUAAAUAAAGUAGUGUUGUAAAACUAAUCAUGAUGCAGCAUAAAUCUAUAAUGAUCCAGUUACCUCAGGAGGUCUGUUUCCGAAGGCACUUAUUUUGGGCUGCAUGCAAGAUCUAUACUCUGCAAAAAAUGACUAUAUAAGUAGUAUGCAAUUUGCUCAUUGAUUUUCGAUGCCCUUGAAAAUUCAAUUAUAUUUCACGGUAAACAUGCAUAAAAAUAUUCAUUCUUUUACUUAUUCGGUAGAAAAUCACGUCUUCUUCCAAUUUCGUACUCAAAAGAACAGUAUAAUUCGGCCUUAAAAAAGUUUCUAAUUGUGAGAUUUUGUAAUACCGUGAAGAGGCUGUUCAUAAAACGCCACGUCUCUGCAUUUACGAAUGUGGCUUGCAAAGUUAACAAUAUUGCUCAAAUCCACUUUUUAAUUUUAUGAACCUCAUAUGGUCCCCUCUAAACAACAUAGAGAACUGCAUGGUUUUCCGUACACGGAAAAUAUACAGCUUGUAGUUUUGAAACCCUGAAUGCAAGUGUAACAGCAGGUCGGGUUCAAAAUUAUUCGGGAAUUAGAAAAAUUUUUUAAGGCCGAAUUAUACUGUUCUUUCGAGUACGAAAUUGGAAGAAGCCGUUAUUUGCCACCAAAUAAGUAAAAAAAUGAAUAUUUUUAUGCAUGUUUUCCAUGAAAUAUAAUUGGAUUUUCAAGGGCAUCGAAAAUCAAUGAGAAAAUUGCAUACUAUUAAAGUAGUCAUUUUUUGCAAAGAAUAGAUCUUGCUUGCAGCCGAAAAUAAGUUCUUUGGAAAGCCGACACUCUGAGGUAAUUGGAUCAUCAUAGAUUUAUGCUGCAUCAUGAUUAGUUUUACAACACUACUUAAUUUAUCUUCUCGAAACGAGAACGAAUUUCGAAAUUUUGGUGGACAUUUCAUGAGUUAGCACAUCUACUGUAUGUCGGAUCGGCGACCGGCCACGGCUGGAGGUAUUACCGUCACACGGUACGCGACUGCAUGCAUGGCAGAUCAAAAAGCAUGUUUAUUUCAUUGCAAGUCUUCGCUGAAGGUCGUCCUACUAUCGACCACCGACAGGCAUGCCUCGGGGCGUCGCAGACUUGUUUUUUGCGAAAUCACGGUACACUGGGUAGUUUUUUUCGGAGAUAAAGAACUUUUGGCCCUAUGGCCUCCAGCCCAUAAGGAUUUAGACUAUUUUCGUUCGAGGCGCUUGCAGAGCAUUGCGUCAUUCCCCAAAUACGUAAGUGUACUAUUGUCUCUUAGUUGCGGUGUGAACGAUCGUACUAGUGCUCUUAAGUACCCAACUCACAGCGGUGACCGCUUUACAAGAACAGUUUUCGCGCUGAUUUUCUGUCUCGAGUCGAGCGAAAACCCACCAAAAGCGAGCAAUAGGGACCGGAUAUAUUCUCCUGCCUAAAUGGCCGUAGUCCUUGACCCUCCGUUCGCCCUACCGAGUUCUGCAGUCGUCUUGCAUUGCCCAUCAAUGCGGCGCAUCUCUGUCGACUCACUAAAUGCCCCUGUUUCUCAUUUGGCCUAUUUCACUGUUUUUCGUCGUGGCAUAGUCGCGACUUGUAAGUGGUGUCGAACUACAUCUCAGGGAAGCAGUUGUAGGGCCUCCAAUUUCGUUGCGAAACGCGUGGGAAGCAAGCUAUUAUUAUUCUAAUAAAUUUAAAAAGUCAUUGUUUGCUAUGUGCCCGACAUAGUGACUCGCUGUGUGAUUCAUCGCCCCACUGCCCUUUCGUAGACAGAGACUCUGUGUCGUGGGUGGCCUAUUCGUCUUGUAUUUUGAACUUGGAUUCAUGCGUUCGGUCUUUGUGGAAAAUGCUUUUUCGCACAGAAGGUGAUUUCAGCCACCAAGAGUCGCUAGACAUUCUCGAGGACCGUUAUUGACAAGGACAAAAGAAACUCGAGCGACCAGUCCCAUGUUUUGCUUUGCUUAUUGCUGCUCUCAACCCGCAGAACAUAAAUUGGGAGAUCGUUAAGCUCAACGACCAACCAGGUGCGAAUUCAGAUAUCAGGUUUUUGCAAUUUGGGACCCGGGCAACUGGCUGACGACCGUAAGUAAUCUAGAAAUUGCUAUUCUAAUUCUCCUCUCCAUUGUCGACAUUGUUCCGUGACAGGGAAACACAGGUCGCAGCACUACUGCUUUCCAGCAUCCCAGACUAAAAUUAGGAAAAAUUUGAACGCCAAUACGCCUUCCCGCAGUCAGGCUAGGUCGAUGAGAGCACUUCCAUGUGAUUUUAAGACAUUACCCUUUGUGUUUAGUAGUGCGAACUUAACUACCGAUAUGCUAUUACCGACAAAAACAAAGGAGACUGGAAUGGCCAUUUCUGGCUUAUUAUCCGUCGUCAGCGGCGCUGGACUUCUAGCCAACAGGUCGCGAGUUCGAACUCCAGGUGUUUCACACUUCGGGGUUGGGUAUGACUGGCUGACGACGGCUAAUAAGCCGGAAACGGCCGUUCCAGUCUCCCUUGCCUUUGUCGGUAAUGACAUUCUGCCUAUAUCAUACGCUGCUGUGCGGCUGUUGGUUGGACUCGAGAGAAAGAGCCCGUAAUGCACAACGGAACGAGUGAGUUCCGUAAGAACGACCGGUGAGCGCCCCCCCUACCAUUAACUACCGAUUUUUACCCUUAGCCAUUUCCGAAACAUAGUUGCGUCAGCAAAGACUUACACCAACCAUCUGGUUCGCUUCAUUAUAAAAAGUGGACCCUGUUUACUACCAUAUUAAGUCCCACCUCCUCGGUGAAAUUUCACAACUAGUUAUUAUGGAGACCUGAACCUCCACAGGAAGCUUUGCAGAGAUUAUGUUGUUUGUACCAGCCAGGUUACCAAGCCCUGAUCCUGCAGUUGUGAGACGUCCAUGCUUUUGUUGUUAAGGCUUGUACCCCGAAGCGGAUGUUUCGUUUCUUCAUGAAAAUUAACUCGAAGAGGACUGCUUCCCCCACUUAAUUGAAAACUUGGGGGAUUGCGUCACAACAGCCCGAUUUAUUACAGCAUUGAAUUCAGAGGAAAAGACCCACAGACUCCUCGAAGACUGGUAGCUUAUCCAUCAUUUUUAAGGGGACCAUUAUUGUCUAUCUGAUCAGCGGUAACGUGUGUGUAUUGGCUUAUUGAGGGAGAUACUUGCGUAGCAUCUACCUUACUCAUCAUCCACAAGUGUCACGUUCCAUUUACGAACCAAAGCAACGACUACCGAAGGAAUUGCCUCAGGGACUGCGGUAAGAAGUCAUUGCAGCCUGAUUCCCAGUCUAAUGAAUGAACGAGUUGCCCCGUCAGUUGGCAACCUUCCUAUCCAUGACUUGGCGCGCCAGGGUAGUUCUGGAGUGGAUCUACUUGUUCUUAAUCUAACACCUCCCGCUCCAGUUUGACUGCGGUUUACGUCCCGCUCGACGAUGUCGUCGGGAAAUCGUUUGGAGUAAUCGACUAUAAGCUUCUUCACUAGAUUGUGUUCCUGGUUUAGGUGAUGAGUGACAUGUUUUGGUGGCCGAGGAUGAUAUGGAUGUGGAAUGGUUGGCGAUUUUUCCCCAGUAAUAAAUGUGCGAUAGAGUAGGUAAGUGAAGUACUGACAAAUAACAAAAUGCAUUUUUGCACAGACAUUCUGACCAGACACGUAGUAAAUGGAGUGGGUUAGGGGAUGGGCUUACAGCUGACGGUAAUGCAAGGAAAAUGAUAGUUGGAAGUAUCGUACGUGCACUGCCUAUACAGGCAAAUGUGAUGUGAUCAACACUUGCGAUGUCCUUUGACACUGUUUAAGCCUUUUAUGCUGUGAUGCAGUGAAUGUUAUUAUUUCCUACAGGGAUAAUUCGAGUCUUGGAUAUGCCUUACAAUGGAGACAUGUUGGAAGCAGCUAAACAUUGGGUGCACCGGUCCGCAGGGUUCCCGUCCUACAUGCUAGUGUCUCUGCCUUGAUAUCUUGUAUUCCGUUGGCUUUGAAGUGACCACUCCACCCUUUCCGGCAAAUCGCAAUGCGCAGUCGCUUUCCGGCACACCGGAGUGGAGUCGCCAAGAUGUCCUUGGGUGGCACCUUUAUCCACGUUUUUGGUAAAACUCGUAGCGAUGUCGCCUUAGAAAGCCGCUUCGACAAGCUGUCGCCAGCCAUCCUCACAACGCGACCCCCGUUGAAGUUGAUUCUGCCUUAGUAUGACAAAGGUACUGAGCAUGAGAUUCGAUUCCAGGAGCCGUCCUUACCACUUGAACUUCAGAAUCCUCAGAACACAGCUUAGGGGAAAGCGGUUUGGCGAGGAUCUGAUGUUGGAUCACACACUUAUAUUAUUGAAAUCUACCUACUUAUCUGGUUUAGGUAGGUAUGUUAUGCUUGUCUUAUUGUGGAGGCAUUUAAUGCUAGGAUCAGGAUUUGGGGCUGGCAUUAGAGUCAUGCGGUUGGGACUUAGGGCCUGGGUUGGGGCUACGACUAAGUUCAGAAUUAGGGUUAGGAUUGAGGUUAGGGUUGAUUUGGCACACCGUAUUGCCCAAUCCGACCACUUACCAUAUAUUCCCUGUUUUCGUCCGUUUACACGCUCACAAUGGGAAUCUUUAAAAUUGCGUGCCUUUCCCGACACCUCGUUGGGGUGAUGAAACAAACAUAUGCCAGAAAUGUGAAUAUUGUCGAUGCCUUACGCAGACUCCGUUUAUAGCUUCGUUCGUCUGCCCUCCGAUAAAACUAAUAUUAACAUCCUUGCUGCCGUGUUUACUUUUUGAGGAAAGUAAUGUGCGAACAUGGAGUAAAUCCUUUAAAACAAAGCCCGAAUAUUCACAGACAAAAUGUCGAGCCUUUGACUUUGUUCUGAAGCGUUUACUUCAAGUAGACCAGUUUCGUUCAUAUCAUUCAUAGGGGGGCACUAGUUGAUAGAUGGCUACCGUCUUACCCGGGUUAACAGUAAUUCGGAAGUCGAUACAUUCAGAGAGGAAGAGAUCCAAGCUCUGUUGAAUGUAAGCUUAAUUAAAAAACAACUGGUCUUAAUCUUGGGCAUUUUCAUCACUGUCCUCACAGUCUUACAUUGAACACCCUUAUGUUCGGUAGUUAAUGUCAACCUUAGGCCCUUUGUCCGGCUAAGUAGUAGUUGGAAACAUGAGAUUGAAGAGGAUGGGAGUGAAUAUAUAAUCCUACUUUAACCCAUUUUUCUUGGCGAACGCAUCGAGGGUCGAUCUAUCGUCCCUCGCGGGUCUACAUGUCACCGCGAAAUUUUGUGAUCACCAUAAUCAACCUUUCUUAACGAAAAUUUCACCACGACGCCUCUAGACCUCGUUUUUCAUUGUGUCGGAGGCUUUCAUGCAAGACUGAUCUCCAUUUCCUAGUUCUAAAGACUAUGACUUGAUGCCCAGGGAGUCCUGUCAAUUUCGAGUGAUGCAAGAGCGACGCCUCAGUAACGCCUACAGGAAGCGUAUUCAGAGUCCAGAAUUACCCUACGUCGGAUGUGUCUCCUUGGCUGGUUCGGGAAAUGUUGCUUUUUGGGUCGGACGCGCUUUAUGCACUUUACUCAUCGCACUGUAUUCCCUCGCUCUCAUCUGGUGUCAGCAGAAAUGAAGAAUGUACCGUUAAUUUCCAUAAGACUGGUGUCAGUUUUUACUGAACUUGGUUUUCGUGGUCAUCUAUGAUGAGCCAUUACUUCCCCUAUCCUUUUUCGAGGCAUGCAGGACCAGGUUGUGAGACAGACUAAUACUAGUAAAGCAGGACGGACUGGUUCUACUGGCAACAGUGUCAACAUAGAUUGCAGAAAACAUGUCGAAAGAAGUCAUGAUCCUGCAUUCGGCGCAUCAACAUCUGUUGACCGUCCACCCAGGUUGCGUCUCGUGUGCGGCAUUCGUGGGAACUGAUUGGGAGUGAUAAGACUAGCAGCUGGACCUACUUGUCUGAGAUUGUAGCACCCGCAACCAAAUACAUCGGCUUAGUUGCCAAGAUCUUUCUAAUGCCAGACCUACACACGACUCGCUGAUGACUUUCCGAAUUGUAUUUUUUGUUUUAGAAACGACAGCUCCUUCAACUUCUUCAUCUUUUUCUUCGUCUUCUUCGCCCAGUGCGUAGUUCUUCUAAUUCAAUUCCUUGGUAUCAUGAAUUGGGGAACUUGGUAAGUGGAUUGUACCUCUACUUCCUCCUCCCCUCCCCACGAUUUUGUAACCUCCAGGAACCUUCGUUAUUUAAGAGCUCCCUGUGCUCCUUACCCCCAGCGCGAAAGUCUUGCCUCUCGCGUCCAUUUCGACCAACAACGGUUUGUUGCUAACAGCUUGGGAAUUCAGGCGUGAAAGGUUAUACAGUGAGUGACCGAUCUCAUGAAAUGUUGGCUGAAAUUCUGAAAUACGUUUUCGAUUAGGAAGGAGUACUUAAGCCCGGUUGCAAAACUGAUGUUCUUGCGGCAUAAUUCUAUAAUAUCUCAGACUCGGUAGGACGUCAGCUUUCAAAUUUACUGCUUUUAAAUCUCCCGUAGAAACCGUCUUCGGUAAGAAAUGACUACUUAAGUAGCAUGCAUUUUUCCCAUUGAUUUUCGAUGGUCUUGCAAAUGUAAACAUAUUUUAUAGAAACCACGAACAAAAAUAUGCUUUCUUUCAGUCAUUUGAUAAAAAACCACGGCGUCUUUAUAUUUUAUGCUCGAAGAAGGGAUAUAAUUAGGUUUUGAAAAAGUUUCUAAUUAUGAGAUUUUCAAGACCGUGCAUUGUCCGUUCAUACAGCAUCGUGCCUGUUCGUUUACCACUGCUCCUCAUGAAAUGUACAACAUGGUCCGCGUCCAUUUCAAAAUUUUAUGGAUUCUAUAUAGUUUUUUAAGGCAUGGAAGACUAUGUGAUUUGCUUCACGGGAAACACAUGCACCUUGUAGACUAAAAUCACUAAGCGCUAAUGCAACGGCCCAUCAGGCUCCAAAUUAUUCGGGAAUUAGAAAACUUUUUUAAAACCUUAUUUUACUCCUUCGAGCAUAAAAUUUUAAGACGACGUGGUUCUACAUCAGAAAACUGAAAGAAAGCAUAUUUUUGUUCGAGGUUUCUAUAAAAUAUAUUUGAAUUUUCAAGACCGUCGAAAAUCAUUGUAAAGAAUUCAUGCUACUUAAGUAGCCAUGUUUUACCGAGUACAGAUUAAAAUGUAAAGCAUUCCAAAGCUGACAUCCUGCCGAGUCCGGAAUAUGUUAGGACUAUGUCCCAUGAUCAUUAAUGUUUCAACCCCACCUAAGUAAACCUUCCUAAUCGAAAACACAUUUCAGGAUUUCAGCCAACAUUUCAUGAGAUCGGUCACUCACUGUAUGUCUUUCUGAGGAGCCCCCUUCGCCUCAUCGAGACGGGCGCACGGCCCGCCCGAGAAUAUCUACGGUGGAUAUGUUCAGAUCGAUUAACUUUCGGGACAUCUUUGUCAUUAACGGCUCUAAGCUGUGGUGGAUUGGGUUAAUCUACAGAGUCCUUUGAUUCUAAGCUGAGGUUUUCAAGUCACAUUGAAACCUAUUCGUGUGUCCCGUAAGAAUUUCUGGGUUUAUAGAUAGUUCCCAAAUUACAAUGACACGUCAUUGAGAUCCCAUCUUAAAGCUCAUAACGAUAUUCGAGGGGAAUCUUCGGUCGACGUUCAGGUGGUCCCUAAUUUUACGUCUGGAGGCCAGGGCUAAACUAGACAGUAACAACGAAGCCAGAAGUCAACAUUACGUCCCGCAACAUAGCCGACCUUUCAGUCCGAAAAGCCACUGAUGCGAGGCCGUGACCUGCUUCAAUUGGCAGUCUUCGAAGUGCCCACUGAGGGUACCUUCCUGACAUCAAACGAUGACCUUUUCACAAUUCACUCUGUCAACUCCACAUCAGAUCCGCCUGAUAGUUACGUGCCCACUUCCCUUUCCCGGUGGUAGCCAGAGUGAAGUAUAAGUCACCUCUCAAAUGUCGCUCCACUUAAUCUAGACGGGCACAGCCAGGCUUUCCGCCUCUGCACUUCGUCAUUAAGUUGUCCUCGUAACCAAUCCUAAGGACAUUACAUGCCGCCUUAAACCUUUAUCUGCCCAUUUGGCUCGUCUAAAACUUCUUGCACCUUAAGGGGUUGAGCGUUUGGAAAUAAACUCGUCUGUCGGACUUGUGGCGCCGUCGAGGUAUCUUUGGUGUGCUUUGCCUUUAGUAGUCAGUACAGAACAAGGGCAGACAGUUGUUUUACGGUUUUUGAACACUUUUUUCCCUAAAGAACUACUGUAUUUUGCCUGAAGUUGUUUUGAGCGGAUGCUACCUCAAGCGGCUUGCCCUUAAACGCCUAGUCCACGUAAAAUUCUCGCUGAUCUGAUCCUACAAACAAUUUUCCUUUUCAGUGGACUUCUUGUCGGCUUGGGUAUUAUCAAAUCGCAUCCAGCUCUUGGCGGAUUUGUACUCACUUUGGCUGUAAUCUUUGGCCUCGAAACGCUCGUGUGUGCCUACUAUCUCGUCCAGGUAAUUUUUUCGAUUUCACUCUUUACUCUUUUCACGAACUAGUCUGGCCCUCCAGAAGACGAACGGAGCAUCUGGUUUAGUAUUGUAAAGCAUUAGUAUACAUUUAUAAUUAUCUUCUUAAUGUGCAUUUUGAACAGAGAAUUAUUACAACGGUGUGUAAACCAACUAUGGGUUUAACUUGCAGUACUUAAUACCAACUUCAGAACGUGGCGCACAGAAAUGUAUAGGCUGCCUUGAACGUGUCAGUCGAGAAUCGGUUCUCUAAAUAAACUCAGGAUCAAAAUUUCCCGCACAUUUAGCGUGAUAACUCCAAAAGCCUUAACAAGUCCGGUUAAACAAUAGUUGUUUUGGCAACGAUCGGGUGAAGGCCCCCAAACACACACACGACCAGCCACAGGUGCCUGUCCUACGGGAAAGGUGGUAAUAGGGGUUUUACGGACAGGGCCUAUGUCUGCAUAGUGGAAUGGCAAAAUAAAUAUAGAUAAUUGGUAAAUUUGCCUUUCGGGCAGAAAAGUUCUAAUGCAUUGACAUAUAUCAACCGAAAUUAAGCAGAACAGGUAAAAGAAUAAGCAUUAAGCGUCUACAACGAUCACUUCUCAACUCUCUGAGCUGAGGUCAUUGCAGAUAAUGCACCAGGCCGUCAACAACAGACGACCCAACCUUGUACAAUGAAACACCAAACCGAAAUAAUCGUCUCGGACUAAAACCCACUUAAGUAAGUAUAGUAGCUGCUGUUUGUAUGCCACAGAUGCUUGGGGGCCUUCACCAGAUCCUUACUGUGGUAUCUCGAAGUGCCCAAAAUUGGUUGCAAAAGUGUUACUUCAUCGCCUCGAUAAAUAUGUUGUUCUAGAUGGCGUGUUUAAACCGCCUGAAUGAACUUUUUUAAUUUUGGUUUGGAUACCAGUGUCGCAACACUCCGUUACUGAUGCUAGUAUUAUUGCAGUUAGUUACCCAUACUGUAAGCGUUGGUAGAGUAGCAUUGGCAGCCGUUGUGGCGGUGGUAGUAGUAGUAGUACUAAUAGUAGGAUUAUUAGUAGUAUUCGCCGUAUCAGUGGUGGUAGACGGGGGAAAAAGUUUUCUUCAGUGUUACGACACUGUAUUCCCGCCAGUGGUAGUAGUAUUAGUAGUAACAGCGGUAGUAGUGGUAGUAGUAGCAGUAGUAGUGGUGGUGGUAGUAGUAGUAGUAUUAGUGGUAGUAGUAGUAGUAGUCCGCCCGUAAGACAGGCUGGUGGGGGAGUAGACAAUUCGAAGUGUUGCGACACUGUAUUCCCGCCUAAUUUUGUUUCUGGAAAUGAUACCUUCGAAUUUAAUCUUAGUAAGAUCAUUUUGAGGGCAUUUAUUUAAAGGUCGUUUACUUAGGCAUUUUUUGACAAUACUGCGAGGCUGAUAUUUGCUGUAGAACGGGAUUUUGUACAGGAGCAAGAGCACACAUGACCUGUUUUCCUCAGCAUAAACCAGGCUUCCUUGAAGGCGGCAUGGAUCUCAAGCCAGGUGUGGCGUGCCAUGGAGGCCACAUUGAGAAGGAGCCAAUGAACCUGGCCCUCAGUUCAGGUUCAGUUCACAGCCUUUAAAACCAUGGCUUUUAGCGCAUCGGAUUUAUUUUAGCAAAAAAUGCACCGAUGCGCCGUGGGGAUGGAUUCCCUAGCGUGGGCAUCCCUAUUCCUUCCCACCACGCACCUACCAACCGCUUCUCGGAUUGAGUGCAAUGACUGACGCACGACCUCGGAGGCUGACCGUAUUUGUGGGCUCGCGCGAAUUCUGCACAACCCGAUUAAGGCAUGCCGUGAUCCAAUCUGACUCCCGUUUUUGCCCAGCGCGUGUACAGCGCAGCUGGUUGUGGAGGCCAAAUCGCCAGUACGCAGUCAGUAAUAAGCAAGUGUAUGCGGAAAAGCCAUGAACACACAACGGGUGCGCAAAGAAGGUUGUACACUGUAGAACGUGCACGCCACGCAUUGUCGGAGGGCAAGAAUGAAGGGAGUUUGCCAACGGCUUCGUGAAGGACUUCGAACAAAACUUCCUGGCUAUCUGUCUGCAACUUUGCCACAGACAGGUCGAUGGUAACAUUACCGUGACACCUCCUUAGGUGCGGCUUAUAUCACAAUGAGAGAAAAGUAUCCAAGACCGCAAAAACCAUUGCUUGCGGCUUACAGGUCAGUUUGACUAAUUGAUUGGCGUACACUACACGUAACCGAGGAAUGUGAACAGCGGGCCAAUUAUAUCAAGCUUUGCCCAUCACACUCCGCGUUGCCUGUGCUUGUCAGAGGAGUUGAAAAUUAACGUCGGGUAAGGCGCCGGACGAUCUCAAAAACAGAAAAUCGACCACCACCCCUCGGUCACCCGAACCAACGAAUUAUCUCAGCAACGAGCAGACCACGCCGACUCGCCGGCCGUUGCAUCGUCCAUGAGGCCAUUGGGUGAAGCGCUCGAUGUGGCGCAACUUGGGUCCCGCACGCCACUUCCGUUUAUAUGUUUCGCCAAUUCGCCCCAUUUAUAAUAAUUCCACUGUUACAUCUGCCCGACCUACCUCCAAAGAUUGAUAACGAAGACCUUCUAACGUGUAGCCCUCUCUUGCAUUUUUGCCUCACUGAGAGCUCUGCCAAAUGCGGAUGUGUUCCACGUUCUCACAUGGGACACCUGUCCACGUUCCUUCCCGAGGUUUAAAGAUUGCGGCCUGAUGGCCGAGCCUGGUGUCCGCACAGUCACGGGCCCCCUACGGGUUUUUAUCAGUUCUCUCGAUCCAAGGGGACCAACACUGGAAUCUUUGGCUGUGAACUGUUUUCUCUGCACAACCUUGCUCUCACGUGGGCCAGUAUCUUUGCUGAGACUGACUUCUAUAUAGGCCUCUGUCUUACCAUUUUCCCCUCCUCCUCUAGGUUCACCGAGUCUAUCGUUCAACGGGCGCUAGCUUCAUCAAGGCACGCCAAGAAUUUGCAUCCACUCUGGCCUCUAACCCAGCAGUACGUAGUGCCGGCAUGACAGUUGCCCGAGACGCCUUUAUUGGGCCGCAAUCUUCCGGUGCCGAAACGGGAGUACGCUACUGA